AUGGCCUCUCAAGAAGCUCAAAUGCCGUUUAUUCGCAACCUCGCUUCAAGCGAUCGCAAACUCCGAACAGCUUCCCUAGAGACCCUCACAACAUUCCUCUCCUCCCGAUCAUCUCUUUCCGACAUCGACGCCCAGAAGCUCUGGAAAGGUCUCUUCUAUGCCCUCUGGAUGACCGACCGUCCUCUCCCCCAGCAGCGUCUCGCAACCGACCUCGCCAACCUCCUCUUCACCCUGAAGCCCGUCUGCGCCAUCCCCUGGCUGCGCGCCUUCUGGACCGUCCUCGGCCUUCAGUGGACCGGCAUCGACGUCCUCCGUCUUGAAAAGUUUCUUCUUCUCGUCCGUCGCGUUUUCGCCUCGCACGUGUGUUUCCUGAGGGAGCGCGAAUGGAAGGAUGGCGACGUCGAGGCCAUUGUAGGCGUCCUGGCCGAGUUCCCUUUCGACAAGGAGGGCGAUAUGCGAAAGAACCCCGUGGGCAUUAGACUGCAUGCGCUGGAUAUCUGGGUUGAUGAGUUGGAGCGCGAGAAGGCGCUGGAGCAGCCUGAGGCUGAGGCCUUUGUCAAGAGCUUGGGAGAUGUCGUGAUUGCGUUGAAGAGGUGUCCUGUCAAGCCCGUGAGGGCGCGCGCAGGUGAUAGCUACGAGGACGAGAGAUUGCCAUGGGUCCAAGCUGCCGGCGGUGGUGAAGAGGAGGAUGACGAUGAGUGGGGUGGUAUUGAGGAUUGA